UUCACUCCUCUGGCAAAAUUUCAACUGCAGCUCUGUAUCAGUCGUUUUCUUCUCCACCGGAGGAAAAAGAACAGACUUUUUCAAGGGACCGAUUUGCAGACUCUAAACCCUUAGAAAAACCCUAGCUCCACCGGAACCCUAAAUCCCAUCAAAUCAGCCCCAAAUGAGCGGCGGAAGCAGAAGAACAACUCGGAUCCGGCCGAAGCCACCCGCGUCAGGAUCCGAACCCGAACGGCCCUCGGCCGGCCGGCGAAGGGAGAGGAAUCGAGAUCACGGCCCGAUCCGGUUGAUGAACGUCAGGAUCUGCACGCUUCUAGGGUUAGGGUUUGGAUUCCUGGCCCUUUUGUUGGUUGGAUUCUUUGUUUAUUCUUCUGGUGGUGGAUCGGAGGAGGAGUUGGCGGAGGCUAGGAAGCUGAUGAGGGUUGUUACCCCGUUGCCAGCCCCGAAAAUGAUGGAUCUUCCUCAGUUUCAAGGGGAGCACAAGGAGAGCUUGUACUGGGGAACUUACAGGCCCAACGUUUACCUUGGAAUUCGUGCCAGGACACCAAAAUCACUAAUCGCUGGAUUGAUGUGGAUUGGUAUAAAAGACGGGCAGUAUUUUCUUCGUCAUGUUUGCCAAGAUUCCGAUGGUUUCAGCACAUAUGGGUGGACAGAUCACAAUGGACGAGAUUAUGGGCGUCAAAAGAUAGUUGAUCAAGGAUUGUCCUUGACAACAAGUUUCUUAAAAGAGAAGGGACAUGGGAGCGGCUAUGGAGGGGACUGGGCUGUUAGAAUCAAUGUGCAAAAUGAAAAGUUAAGUUUGGAGGAAGCCGAAUUGACCAAUGCACACCUUUUCUUCUAUUUGGCUGAUGAAGGAGGCAGUAUCUUGAAUGUGGUUCCAAGGAAAUUAUUUAAUAAGGGUGCCCUUUUGGCAACUGGAUCUCACAAGGAAGUUGGUGGUUGGGAACUUCAUUUGAAGUCAUUGGACAAUUUGGAAGCGCACCAUGCUGGUUUCAGAACUAGGCACAUGCAUAAUUUGACAGAGCUAGUGCAAGGGACUCUUGCGGUCUAUGGAAGACGGACUGGGCAGCUACAACUACCUGAUGCAUCUGAAGAGUCUUCUAACAUACUUAUUUUUCAGAUAUCUGCAAAGCUUCCAUCAUCCCUAGAUAUUGCUUUUGUUUCCGGAACAAACUCGAAGAGUUCAAGGAUUGAAGAACGUGUUGAUAGUCUCACUGGUACCGCGUUGACUAGUCAAUUAAAAAGGAAACAAGAGGAGUUCGAGGAAAAAUAUCUGACAUGUUUUAAUAUAAAGGAUAAGGUUGAUUCAGAAGCUAUGGCUGCUGGUAAGGCAGCUCUUGGGAAUCUGCUGGGUGGCAUUGGCUACUUCUACGGCCAGUCAAAAAUUUCCCUUCCUAAAGGUUUCAAACAAAAAGAUGGCAAGGAUUUCCUUUUGUAUUGGCCAGCUGCACUUUUCACUGCCGUCCCAAGUCGAUCUUUCUUUCCAAGAGGGUUUCUAUGGGAUGAGGGCUUUCACCAGCUGAUCAUUUGGCGUUGGGAUGUGAAGAUAUGUAUGGAUAUAGUUGGCCACUGGUUGGAUCUGAUUAACAUAGAUGGAUGGAUUCCUCGGGAACAAAUACUAGGAGCUGAAGCUCUCAGUAAAGUUCCUGAGGAAUAUGUUCUACAACAUCCCUCUAAUGGGAAUCCCCCGACUUUAUUUCUUCUUUUACGUGACCUGAUUAGCAACACAAGAAUGAAAAGCUUUUCUGAAAAAGAAAAUGAUGAGAUCAAUGUUUUCCUCAGUAGAGCUUACAUUCGUCUUGGUGCAUGGUUUAACUGGUUCAAUACAACACAAUUAGGGAAGGACACAAGCAACUUCUACUGGCAUGGUAGAGAUGAGAAGACUACUAAGGAGCUAAAUCCAAAGACACUGACAUCUGGACUGGAUGAUUAUCCUCGUGCAUCCCAUCCAAAUGAUGAUGAACGCCACUUGGACUUAAGGUGCUGGAUGCUUCUUGCUGCAAAUUGCAUGCGGUCAAUUGGAGAGCUGUUUGAAACAAAAACUAGUUUAGAAAAGGAUUAUCAUGGGAUGGCUGAAAAACUGUCGAACUUUGAAAUUCUCAAUAAGAUGCACCUAGAUGAUGUUUCUGGAGCCUAUUUUGAUUUUGGAAAUCACACUGGAAAGGUUCGUUUGAGAUGGCAUGAAAUAAGAGAUGGGGACAUUGUAAAACGGGAGCUUGUUCGGGAGACAUUACAGAAGCCUCAGCUGUCGCUAGUUCCCCAUGUUGGCUAUGUCAGUCUUUUCCCAUUCAUGAUGGGGAUCAUUCCUCCUAAUUCGUGGGUUCUUGAAAAACAGUUGGAGAUUAUAUCAAAUCGGUCAACAUUAUGGACAGAUUAUGGACUCCGUUCGCUUUCUAAAACAAGCUCUAUAUACAUGAAACGUAACACGGAGCAUGACCCACCUUAUUGGAGAGGCUCCAUCUGGAUUAAUAUGAAUUACUUGAUUCUGUCAGCUCUUCAUCAUUAUUCUCAAGAGAAUGGUCCGUACAGAGACAGGGCAUAUCUAUUGUACAGAGAUCUUAGGUCAAAAUUGAUCAGAAAUAUCGUGCGCAAUUACUAUGAAACUGGGUUUUUGUGGGAACAGUAUGACCAGAAGAACAGGGGAAAGGGUAAAGGUGCACGCCCUUUUACCGGUUGGACUUCUCUUGUUCUUUUAAUUAUGGCAGAAGCUUAUCCAAGCCUAUAGGUAAGUUUGAUGCCAAUUUAUGAGAUUUUGCAAGAAUGAACAAAAAGAAGUGGCAGAGGCUUAUACAAGCCUGUGGUGAAUGCUCUGUUAUAUAGUAGCACGCUUGAUCCACACAAAAUUGCAUCUGGGAUCUGACAUUGGAUUUUAAGUUCAUGUAAACUUGUACCAAAAAAAACAUAAGCGCAUCCAUCGAGGCUUUGUAACAUAUUGUUGAGCAAUCCCAUGUAAUAGUUGAUCAUGUGUAGGUGGAGGUGAUUUUCUUAUAUACAUUCGGUUACUUGUAUACAUUUAAAGAGUUCUUUAUCAAAAGUGAAAUUGGUGUGGACGUGAUUUUC